AUAAUGAAGUGGACAGCCAUUGUGCUCACCUGCCAGAACAAGCACAGUGCUAAUGCCUGUCAGAAAGAACUUGAGACGAGGCAACAGAAAGGCUUCAUAGCUGAGGAUGUCCUGCUUCUUACAGUGGAGGACCCCGCUUCCCAAGUUGGGAGCGGAGGAGCCACCCUGAAUGCUCUUCUGGUGGUGUCUGAGCAUCUCAGUGCAAAGCAAGGGUACACAGUUAUUAACAGCGAUGUGUUACAAAAUGUACAUAUUCUUAUCAUGCAUUUGGGGCGUGAUUUUCCAUUUGAUGCUUGUGGUAAAGCAUUUACUACACUGCCAGUGUCCUACAAGUCAUCCAAGUAUGAUUCCCUGCUAUGCAAUUUUGACUUCAUUUUAGACACUGUCACAAAUCAGCUUGCGCCCAAUACCCCACCAGGAGUAUGGGUAUGCAGUACAGACAUGUUCAUCACAGUACCAGACCAGCCUUUUAAACAAGUUCCCCUGUCCAACUGUGAUAUAAUGGCCAUCUCUGUGCCUGGUGAUCCCGAGUACGCCAAGGCACAUGGUGUGUACAAAAUGGGACCAGAGAUCCUAAGGGGUAGUAAGGGAAUAACACAGGGUUCUGUGGAAGAGAUUAUAUUCAGAGGCAGCACAGAAGAAAUAGCAAAAUGCGCCAAUAACAACGGCAAAGUGCCCAUAGCUGUGGGGGUCAUGUACCUGAGUCCCAAAGUGGCCGAGAAACUGUCCCAGUUCCACUAUCUCCCUCCACUGGAUGCCUGCACAUACAUGGGACUCGACUCAGGAGCCAAACCAUUGGAGCUGUCCCUCUUCUAUGACUUCCUGUUGCCCAUGUGCAGUGCCAUAACUGAACAGCAGUACGUGGAUAAUGUGGAAGGCAAAAAAGACACGCCUGUUUCCAUGGCAACCAGUGAGACAGAUGUCUACAAGCGAGCAAGAAGACUACUGUGGCGAAAUCUAUCAGGACUGAAGCUAAAAGCAGUUUUGAUAGAAGAUGGAGGUUUUGAAUAUCUGGCCAGAACUGGGGAGCAACAUCGCAGACAUGUCCUGGAGUGCCCCCUUAAGACUCUGGCCAGUUGUAAUAGCAAUGUCAUGUGGCAAAACAUGGCACAUUCUCACAUAACUAAAGAUGCAACAAUAGAUGGCAGCUGUGUUGUUCUAAAUUCUAUGAUUGAAGGUCACAUUACUGUGGCAGCAAGGACAACCAUCUCACACUGUGACCUCAAAGGUCACAUUACAGUUGGCAAGGGCUGCGUGCUCAACAAUGUGGCACUGACACCAGAGGAGUUCAAGAAAAACCAGUUCAGCAUUCCUGAUGAUAUUGUUCUUCAAGGAUUUCAUAUCAAGCUUUCUAUGGGGAAAGAUGAGAACAGACAAUAUGUUCUUGUUGUGUUUGGGGUACAUGACAUCUUGAAAAUACCAAUAUGGCAAGAAAAAAGUACUUUCUGUAACCGACCGUGGUACGAGUUUCUGCGUUCAUCAGGAGUGACCAAGCAUGACCUUUGGCCAGCUGAGAAAAGUGACAAUGAAAAAUCCCUGUUUAAUGCGAAGUUAUUUCCUGUUCUACACAUCAGGCAGCCUAUCAGCUUGAAGGAUAUCACGUGGCUGAUGGGCAUGGACAAGAAAGAUAACUUGUUGGAUAAAUGGAGAGCAUCCUGGCGUCUGUCUCUAGAGGAAAUACUGAAAUGUGUGGACCUAGCUCUGGAGCUGAAGAAAAGAGAGUGAGUGACCUU